AUGGCAGGCUGGGGCAUAACUGCGUUCACGGCUUGCCUACCUUGUCGGAGCUGGGGUUUCACGGCCGUCUUUUGCGGCCCCCACCGCGGCCUCAGCACCUUAUUUGCACGAAAGAAGCUCGAGCGGGCUCCACAGUGGCCCCCAGCUUGCAGACAAAAGACAUCACUCUCUUUCCUUAGUCGACCAAACCUUCCAAACUUGGCUUAUAAGAAGUUAAAAGGCAAAAGUCCAGGAGUUAUCUUCAUCCCUGGCUUUCGUUCUGAUAUGAAUGGUACUAAAGCACUGGCUAUUGAGGAGUUUUGCAAAUCUCUGGGUCACGCAUAUAUAAGGUUUGAUUACUCAGGAAUUGGAAAUUCGGGUGGUGUCUUAGAAGAAUGCACAGUGGGGAAAUGGAGAAAAGAUGUUCUUUCUAUAAUUGAUAACAUAGCUGAUGGACCACAGAUACUAGUUGGAUCCAGCCUGGGUGGAUGGCUUAUGCUUCAUGCUGCCAUUGCACGGCCAGGAAAGGUUGUUGCUCUUAUUGGUGUAGCUACAGCUGCAGAUAGUAUAGUGACACAGUUUAAUCAGCUUCCUGUUGAGGCAAAAAAGGAAGUAGAGAUGAAAGGCGAGUGGGUAAUACCAUCAAAAUACUCUGAAGAAGGAGUUUAUCACAUUCAAUACAGUUUUAUUAAAGAAGCUGGAUACCACUGUUUGUUACAUAGCCCUAUUCCUGUGAACUGCCCUAUAAGAUUGCUCCAUGGCAUGAAGGAUGACAUUGUACCUUGGCAUACAUCCAUGCAGGUUGCUGACCGAGUGAUCGGUGCAGAUGUAGAUGUUAUUCUCCGAAAAGAUAGUGAUCACCGAAUGAAAGAAAAAGCAGACAUUCAACUUAUUGUUUACACUAUUGAUGACUUAAUUGAUAAACUUACAACUUCAACUUGA